AGUGUCAAACGUGUAUAUCAAUACCGCCGUUAGCGAUAUUCAUAAUUUAUUGAUAUUUUCUUAAAAUACGCAAAAAUUAUACUACUUACUUCUAAGUUGACUUCAUUUAAAAACAUAUCAAAGUGCCAAGAAGUUUUAUUACGGUCAGAAAAUAAACAUAACCUCAAAAUGUCUGACGACGAUGAUGUUGUGUUGGUGAAGAAACCAAAACAGGUUCAUUAUGGGUCCCUGGAGGAACAGGAGAAGGCCAGGCUGGCUGCCCUGGCUGCUGCAGCCAAGGAAGGUGCUGAAGACAAUGGCGGAAAGGAUUUGGGAGAUAUACAAGUUUCAAGUGAAUAUAUGGAGCUCGAAGAGGAGAUGUCUCGGGACAAGAAAGCUCUGCUUGAAGAGUUUGAGAGGAGACGCAAAGCUCGGCAGCUCAAUGUUUCCACUGACGAUGAUGAGGUGCGCCGCAGUCUUCGUCAGCUCGGCGAGCCGGUGUGUCUGUUCGGAGAGGGACCAGCAGAGAGACGCGUGCGACUCCGAGAUCUACUGAGCUACUUAGGAGAAGACGCGAUUCACAAGAAACUAGAGGAGGAGGAGGCUCGUAUAGAGAGGGACAGAGGGCGAGAGGGCACGUGGUACCACGAGGGACCGCCAGAACUCAGAGAGGCUAGGCUUUGGAUAGCUAGGUACUCUUUACCUAAGGCUAAACUCAGGCUAUACCAGGCUCGCGAGGACCUGAAGCUAGCAGGCAGCGUUCGGGCUGCAGCCAAACAGGAAUCACAGAGGAAGGCUGCUGCCGUGGCCAUCUAUUGCAGCCAGAUUGGUGAUACACGCCCGAUUAGUUUCUGCAGAUUUAGUAGCGAUAGUAAAAUGCUGAUUACAGCAAGUUGGUCUGGGCUCUCCAAAGUGUGGUCAGUUCCGGAAUGCACAGCACUGCAAGUACUGAAGGGUCAUAAGUGCAAUGUCAGCGGCGCCGCCUUCCAUCCUACUGCUGCCAUGCCGGACCAUUUUCAGAGAAAGCUUGAAGAAGAGAAAGAGAAGUUGGCGACAGACAGCGAGAAUCCGAUGGAGGUAGAGACUGCAGCUGUCCCCGAGCCCGCUGUCGUGAUGCAGGAUACCGAGGGAGUCUCUGAGUCCUGCACCAUGGCGACAUGCGCUUACGACGGAACUGUGUAUUUGUGGAAUUUCAAAAGUGAAUCGCCACUGUGUUCCCUGGACGGCCACAGUCCGGCCCGGGUAGCGAGGCUAGACUUCCAUCCGUCAGGUCGAUUCCUCGCCACCACCGUGUUCGAUCACUCUUGGAGAUUAUGGGAUCUGGAAACUGCGACGGAGGUAUUACAUCAGGAGGGACACGCUAAGCCGGUGUACAGCAUCGCCUUCCAGGGAGACGGAUCCCUCGCUGUUACAGGUGGUAUGGAUGCCUUCGGUCGUGUCUGGGAUUUGCGAACAGGUCGAUGUGUCAUGUUUUUAGAAGGUCAUUUGGGUCCAGUCCUAGGGACUGACUGGUCCCCGGCUGGACAUCAUCUCGCCACCGCCGCCGCUGAUCAUCAGACUAAAAUUUGGGAUUUAAGAAGACGAUCAGCUUUAUACACGAUACCUUCACAUACACACCUCUUAAGUGACGUGAGAUAUCAGAAGAGCCACGGCCACUUCCUUCUGACGUCUUCGUACGACAAGACUGCCAAACUAUGGUCCAACCCUGCCUGGCAUCCGCUUCGCACUCUCUCCGGACAUGAUAAUAAGGUUAUGAGUGCGGAUAUUUCGUACGACAAUAAAUUCAUAGCGACCUGUUCCUACGAUAGGACCUUCAAAUUAUGGGCUCCAGACCUCGCGUAGACACGAUAUUAAUGUCUUAAUUACUAUAAAAAUCUUCAACAUAAUUUAUCAGGCAAUACCUAUGAUCUUCGCAUCGGUCGUUUGGAACUGACCUUCAUCCAGCAGCGCCCUCCGACAUUCAACAGACUUCUAAAUUAAUACUAAAAUAUGUAAUAUUUUGGGGUGUUGUAUAAUUUUCGAGUACGCUCGACUGGUUUCGAGCGCCGCCGGGUCUCAUAAUUAGUAAAUAUUUUUGCAAUUUUUUUAUAUUGUCGUAAAUUAUGUUGGUUUGCAUAAAAGGUUAACAAAAUUCAUUCCGGUUUUUGUUAAAUCUGAUGUUAGAGUCUUAUACAUUUGUUUUUUCAACUGAA